ACACUCUUGACAGUUCGCGCCGCGGACCGUUGCGGAAGUGAUGCUCGGGAAAAACAGCGUUUGAAAACACAUGGAGAAGAUGCGGAAGGUCGCGUCCGCUUGUCGUUAUCGCGUGUAUAUACGGUGAAUAUCGGGCGGAUACCGAGGUAACGCAUAAAAUGAGACGUUAUGUUCCAUUCGGUGCGACUUCUUAACGGGCUGCUCAUCCUUCUGCCGACGAUCGCGUUCUGCGAUGGCGCGAACGGGACGUACGAGAUCGACUGCAAUAAUCUACGAAUGGGACAGUACAUCUGUCCCCAUCCCGAUUACGAUUUCAUAGACCCCAAGACGCAGCAACCACGCGGCUGCACCAAGGAAAACAAGGCCAAAGUGUUAUGUCUAGUUGCCGAUGGUCUCAUCUGUUCAGAGACGAAAAAUAAUACUUUCAAGAAGGAUAUACCAUGUAAAUGGACGAAUGGAUAUUCUUUCGAGACAUCGUUAUUGCUGUCGAUAUUUCUUGGUAUGUUUGGCGCGGACCGAUUUUAUCUUGGAUAUCCUGCCUUGGGAUUACUCAAGUUGAGCACAUUGGGGUUCCUUUUUCUUGGUCAAUUUGCUGAUGUAAUACUGAUAGCUACACAAAUUGUAGGACCAGCGGAUGGUUCGCACUAUGUGAUGCCAUAUUACGGUGCCGGAAUUAACAUUGUGACGAGCAACAAUUUUACGUACAGAGUGCCACAAUACGAAUAUUGAGAGCAAGAAGCAAAUCCGCUGUACAAAUGGGAAUUUUUUUAAAAUAUUAUAUCUCUUCUAUACCGCGAACAACGAUGUACAAUCCUAAACUCGAAUCCUAUAUUUCGCUAUAUAUUUGAAUGUAAAUUAGUUAUUCUCUUUAUUACUAUACUAUAUUAAUAACUAUUCCAAUGAAU